AUGUUGACCUCCCGCUCGGCCGGCGAGUACCAGCUGGUGCUGGAGGCGGCGCGCAAGCUGCAGGAGAGCGGCUUCUACUGGAGCGCCGUGUCGGGCGGCGAGGCCAACGCGCUGCUGCGCGCCGAGCCCGCCGGCACCUUCCUCAUCCGCGACAGCUCGGACCAGCGCCACCUCUUCACGCUCAGCGUCAAGACCGAGGCGGGCACCAAGAACCUGCGCAUCCAGUGCGAGGGCGGCAGCUUCGCGCUGCAGAGCGACCCGCGCGGCCAGCCCGUGCCGCGCUUCGACUGCGUGCUCAAGCUGGUGCAGCACUACAUGCCGCGGCGCCCGCAGCGCGCCUACUACAUCUACUCGGGCGGCGAGAAGAUCCCGCUGGUGCUGAGCCGCCCGCUCUCCGCCAGCGUCUCCAGUCUGCAGCACCUCUGCCGCAAGACGGUCAACGGCCACCUGGACGCCUACGACAAGGUGGCCCAGCUGCCCGGGCCCAUCAAGGACUUCCUGGACCAGUACGACGCGCCGCUGUGAGGGGCACGGCUGGGGCUACCCCGCUGCGGGUGCCAGGGCAGGAGCCGUACCCGGGCGGCGCCGGCCGGAGCGCUGGAGUCCGGCCGGAGCCUGAAGCUUUUCCUCCGUUUUAAGGGGAAAGUGUUUUUGUCGUGUGGCUUUCCGUCGGGGGAGGUUUCCUCCCGCACUGACCCUUCACCUCUCGCUGCCUCGCGCCGGCCCCCACAAGCGGAGGCAGCCGCCUUCCCCGCUCGCUCCCGUCAUCCAAGGGACUAUGCCUUAAACUUCAUCCCUGUCCCGAGGACGGGGCGGCCGCACAGCGCGUGACAGCACGGACGAGGGACGGUCCGGGCCAGGCCGUCCCAACCAACGCGUGGACACCAAAGAGCUCCAUGUGGCCACGUCCCCGGCGGGAGCACCGGAGAGACACGUCCGAGCCCGACCAUUGUUCCCAAGUGCUCUCCCGGCAGCCCCUGGACUCCUGGACCACGCCAGAGGAGGGGUUUCCCUCCCACCCCUACCUGCCCUGGGGGCUGCCUGGGCCCUGGCUGCACUGCUCUGUGGUGGCACUGAUCUGAACCCGAAUGUAGCAACCAGAGGAGCCCCCGGAGCCCGCUGCGUCGCCGGCGUCCCCCGCCUUGGCCUGGAAGAGCAGCCGGGUGUUUCUGGUUUUCCAAGAAAGCGAUGUUUACAGACCUGCCUGAAUCACUGUCUUUUAUAAAGAUUCCACCUUCACCUCCAGCCUUGAGGGCUGAGCAAACCAUGCUUGAAAACUCAACCCAAACCAAACUCAGACGAGAACUUUGCACAUAUUUAUAUUUAUAUUCAGGAAGGAAGCCUUUCCAUAAUUUAUAAUAAAGAGCACUAUUUUUUAAUGAAAA